AUGGCUACUGUAUCGGAAAUUUUACCCUUGGAAGUGAUCGACAAGACCAUUGGACAAGAGGUUUCGAUUCUGUUAAAAGACUACCGUGAGUUCUUGGGAACGUUAGUUGGAUUUGAUGAUUAUGUGAAUGUUGUGCUUGAGAAUGCUGUUGAAUAUGUAAACGACAAGGAGAUCAAGCGGUUCCAAGGGAAGAUGUUGUUGACUGGUAACAACAUCGCGAUGUUGAUACCCGGUGGGAAGCCCGGAUUGAGCAAGCAAGAGUCUACUUAA